AUGCAGCAAGAGAGCAAACAGCUGAAUACUCGGAUGACUUUGAGAGUGACAAAGAGGGCAUGUUAAACGGUGUUGGAGAAGAAGUUAAUGAAAGUAAUUCAGGUGCUGGAAGCACUAAGAAAUCAGUUUCUGUUGAGAGUCCUCUCUCAGGUGAUGAUGCUUCACAAAACGCAGCAGAUUUGGAAAACGAAGCUGGUGAUGACUUGACUUUAUCCCCUCAUGAAAAGAAGCUUCAGCAAAUAAUGCUUUUAGAAAGUGAAAACAUACAGGAUGACAGAAAAGAUGGUGAAGAAGAAUGUUUGGAAGGUCAAAAUGAAGGUGAUGACAGAAAAAAUAAUGAAGAGUGUUCAGCUGCUGAAGAAGUACCAUGUGAUAAUAGUGAAAGUGACCACUGUAAUGACUUGCCUAUUCACGAACUACAGAAAAAAAGAAAUCAAGAGGAAAACAAACCAGUACCAAAGCCACGGGUGCACAAAACAAGAAAUACUUCAGCAUCAGCUGAGAAUAUCAGCAUUCCUUCAUUAGAUAGCUGUUAUAAACCAUCACCUCAACCAAGAACUAUGUUGAGAAAAAGUGGUCGUGUGGAAGAUAAUGAGCUUAAUAGGUCAGAAGGAAAAAUAACUUCUAGAAAUGGAUUUUCUCCGUUUUCGGCACCAUCAUCCCUAACUACUCUGAAUGCCCAAGCCACACCCAGGAAAAAACUGCUUGCCGAAAGCCCUGGUCCUGAAGGUCCAUGGCUAGAAAGUACUUCACCACCAUUUUCCAUUAAUUUUACUUCUCACAAUGAAAGAUCUGGAGAAUCUGAUUUACUGAUGUGUGGAGAAGCACCACCUGUGAAAGAUCAGAAGAUGAUCAGCACCAGUGACUUGAAACUGGAGGACAAUAGUAGAAAAUCCCCUUCUGUGAUAGAAGUAAUGAUGACCACAGUAUAUGAGAAAACAAAGAAAUUCGAGAAGUCAACAGAUGACAGUUCAGAUGAAACGGUGAAAAUAGUGGAAGGGCAAAUAGUAACUGAUACAAUACAGGAGGUAUCAGUGAAUGAUCAGUCUGAGCAUGGGGAGGCAAAGAACACUUCAAAGGACUCUGUCAAGAAACUAAGUGAAACAAAGGAGAGAGUUCUACAAAACCCGAAAGCUUCUUUGUCUGACAGGUCUCUGUCUUCUGUGCUCUUAAAGAAAAAGGUGAAAGCUGUUCCAUCAGGUACACCUGUUUCAUCUCAAUAUCUGGGAACACUAAAGGUGUUGGAGGAUAAACGCAUGCAGAAGAGCAGUACAGAAUUUGACAAAGCAGAUGGUUUACGAGCAGCUGUUUUCCAGAAUUGGUUGGAAAAGAAAAGGACCUUUCUACUGGAAUUAAAGAGAAUUGAAAAGAAGAAAGCUGAAAAUCUAAGGAGUAAUGCUGAAAAGGAAGAAGCUGUUAAAAGAGAGGAAGCAAUUGCAUCUUUUGAAGCCUGGAAAAAAAAGAAAGGAAGAGAAGCAAAGAAGUUAAGUGAAAAAAAGAAGCUUGAGGAACUUAAGAAAAAGAAAGCAGCAGAACAGAAUGAGGAGAAAACAGAAGCAGCACAGAAGGCAUUCGAAAAAUGGAAAGAAAGAAAAGCAGAAUAUUUAAGAGAGCAAAGCAGAAAGGAAAAACAGUCUGAAAGAAUCAGGAAGAAGAAAGAAGAGGAACUGGUUGCAGAGAAGAAGAGAGACAGCAUGUCAGCAGUUGAAAAAUGGAAUGAAAAAAAGGAAGAAUAUAUAAAACAGAAGAAAGUAGAAAAAAGCCUAGAGAGAAGAAAGCAAGAAAUACAACAGGCAAAGAAGGAAGAAAAAAAUAAAAAAGCUAUGGAGGAAUAUGAAAGAUGGCUGAAGAAAGAGAGGAGAGAGCAGCUUGAGAAGAAGCAAAAGAAGUUGCAGGCUGUCCGUGGGGAUGAAGUGCCUUCUCCCUGGAGUCCACCUGGCAAAGUCACAUACUCAAGGAAUUACUGAGCACUCUGUUGCCUUCUAUGAGAAAAGAUGAUCCACAAAGUUCUGACAAUGGCUAGUCAUUAUUUCAAUAACAGCUGAUUUUCACUGAAUCCAUUAUAGAUGUUGCAUCCUUUCUUUUUGGUUUAUUUGAUCUCUGCAGUUUAAAUAGAUCAGGUGUCCCUUUCUAUUGCUUUAGAAAACGUACUAAUUUUUGUAAUUCCACAUUUAACUUAGUUUUGCUAAAUCCUGUGUUACUUCGUUCCUUUUUGGUGAAAGUGUAUAUUCAGGAUACAUAAGGCUGGACUCUGGCAUUUUUUUCACCCAAUAAGUAGCAGAAUGGUUACUUUUAAGUUACUAGGCCACACUGCUGGGGAGUUAAGUCUGGAAGAAAUGCUUUGUGAAGGGCAGGAUGAUGGGCAAGGAGAUGUUGGCUCUCUUGUGAUAGAAAGAAGAGAAAAGGCUAAGCAGUAUGGUAGGGGGACGUCAUUUUGAUACACGAAGCUACACUCUGUAGCUAUGAUACACAAGCUACAGAGAACAUAACAUAAUUCUUAGAUUAUGUUACAUUGUGAAAUAUGAAAAUAGCUUUCAAGUUAAAACUGCAUCAAGCAGAAACAGGAUUUCAUGGGGCCAAAAACAGUCAGCCAUGUGAUGGUACAACAGAAUUAAAUUGGAAUCCAUAUAAUGUAAAAUGAUCCAGGACUAAGUAAGACUGUAGCUGUUAAUUCCAUUUCAGGUCUUCAUGUACAUUCCAUAGAUUUCCUGCUUCCUACAGGAAACAGUGGGUUGAGAGGCAUGUUUCGCUGUUCACACAAAAUCUUACAUAUAAACUGCAAGGGCAGAACGGUGGUGCUCUUAUGAGGCAACCUUAGACGGUGAAAAUUAUUUUUUUUGGAACUUAAUUUAAACGCUUCUGUGGUUGGUUUUACAUGAUCAAGUAAAUCCUUCCCAAACAUGUUUUCAUCAUUGCUAAUGAGCUAGUUGCUGUAGUAAAUUAUUUAAAAUGUCUUCUGUUUUUUCAUGGCUAUUUGCCUCACUAUUUUGGAAACAAUGGCAAGACUACGUGUCUUUAGAGAUCUUCAAAUCUCAUUUGCCUACUGUCUAAACUCAAGCUGUUACUUAUGUUUGUAUUUUCUUAUUUGAAUUUUAAUAAUCACUCCAGAUAAGAUUUGCUCCUCAAGUGUGUAUUCUUAAAAAAAAAAAAACAAAAACAUCACCAACCAAGAAGUAAAAACUAGUCUUUAAAUUAUAGCUGUAUUUUCUCAAAUGAGAAUCUUGCUCCUGUUUAGACUGACAGCCUCCUUGGGGAAGUCAAAGGAGCAUUUGAGAAGUAGACUUGCCUUUUUCACUUGAGUCCUAUGCUGUUCAUAAAUCACUGAGAUACUCAUUAGUUCUACUUUUCAUGUAACGCUAGGGCAUCUCUUCAGAAAAGAAAAACCACAAGACCGGCAAACAGAUUAAUUUCUU